AUGAAGAAGGGAAAUAAAGUUGGUGACGGCAGCAGGAAGUCGAAUGCAGACUGGAUGGGUGCCCUGGUGCCGUCGCUCAGCUCCGUACCUCUGAAACAUCUGGCGGUGCCAGGGUCACAUGACUCAUUUACCUUCUGGGUGGAUGUGAAGGCACCAGUGGGCCCAGACCAGAGAACCGUGGUGAAGCACUUGGCUUUCAUCUUCCGCCUGUUGGCCAAGAAGGUGAUGAAGAAGUGGUCCAUGACCCAGAACCUAACCUUCCAGGAACAGCUGGAGGCCGGAAUUCGCUACUUCGACCUGCGGGUGUCCUCCAAGCCAGGCGAGCCGGGCUGUGAGAUCUACUUCAUCCAUGGCCUCUUUGGUCACAAGGUGCGCGAUGGCCUCAGCGACAUCAACGCCUUCCUCGGCGAGCACCCCAAGGAGGUUGUCUUCCUCGACUUUAACCACCACUAUGCCAUGAAUGAGGAGCACCAUCGCUACCUCAUCGCGAUGCUGCAGGAGGUGUUCGGACCCAAGCUCUGCAAGGCCUGCGUGGUGGAGGACAUCACUCUGGACUACUUGUGGGAGAACAAGUACCAGGUGCUUGUUUUCUACCACCACCCUUCAGCAGAGGACUGUGCCUUCUUGUGGCCAGGCAGGAAGAUCCCGGCUCCCUGGGCCAACACCACCGACGCCCGCAAGCUCAUUGAGUUCCUGGAGACCACCCUAAGCGAGCGGGCGCAGUACGGCUCCUUCCACGUGUCCCAGGCCAUCCUUACGCCUCGAGUCAACACUGUCGUCAGGGGGCUCAUUAAGGGGCUCCGUAAACAUUUGGUGGAGAGGAACCUGCCCGCCAUCAUGGCCUGGGUGGAAGCGCAAAGACCUGGCGUCAACGGGGUCAACAUCGUCACCUCGGACUUUGUGGAUCUGGUGGACUUUGCGAACACCGUCAUCAAGCUCAACAACCUGCUGCUUCGUGACCGAGCCGUCACUUGACCGUGCACGCGCACACACACAUAUGCGCACACGUACACAACAACGAUCACGCUGCCAUCCUAGU